GGGUGCAUAUGGCAGACACGGAGCUGGGGCGGCCCGACGCCGAGGGCUGGAACAAGGACCCGGCGAUCCUGGCGGACCAGCGGGCUGCGGUGGACACGUUCUGCCGGCACAACUACGGGGCGGCGCAGGCGGGGAAGGUGGUCGGCCGCACAGUUCAGCCCAAGGUGAAAGUUUCCCCCACGAAAUCAGGGUCCCAGCCCCACCCCCACCUGCUGGUUUGCUCCGUGACGGGGUUUUACCCCUCGGGGAUCGAGAUCAAGUGGCUGAAGAACGGGCAGGAGCAGACGGCCGGGGUGGUGUCCACGGAGCUGCUCCAGAACGGAGACUGGACCUUCCAGAUCCUGGUGAUGCUGGAGAUGAGCCCCCGGCGCAGGGACGUCUACACCUGCCAGGUGGAGCACAUCAGCCUGCGGGACCCCCUUGCCGUGCACUGGGAGGCGCAGUCUGACUCUGCCAGGAGCAAGAUGCUGACGGGGGUUGGGGGCUUCGUGCUGGGGCUGAUCUUCCUGGCGCCCGGACUCCUCAUCUACCUGAAGAAUAAGAAAGGGCGCCCCGUUCCCCAACCUGCAGGGCUCCAGAGAGCAGGACGGGGUGAGCAGCAGUGGGGUGAAUCCAGGGGCUCAGCAAAGACCAGCUGCUGCCCCUGGAGUGGGGGUCAGGCGCUCUCCCCCCUGUCCACCCAGCUCACACCCACCCAGCAAUGGGGGGCUCUGGUGGGGCCAGGCCAGGUGACAGGGCAGUGCCAGGUGCUGUAG